AUGCAACAAAAGCAAAACAUUCCCAUCACAUGCACCAGCUAUGGCAUGUUCCACUUUUUCACACAAAAACUAGACAACUACAUCUGCUCCAAAUGCAAACAGAUGACUCUGAUGGAGCAGAGGAUCCAACAGCUCGAGCACCGUAUUAAGACCCUUAAGGACAUUCAGGCACUCGAGCUCUUCUUGGACACUGCACAACACGCUGCUGUAGAUCAGCAGCCUGCAUCACACCAACACCACCAAGACCAUGAUCAGGAACCUUAUGGGGAGAUCAACUCAAAGGUAGACAACCCUCAGGCUUGGAAGGAGGUCACCCAUAGAAGGAGACGCAGGACCAGGCAGCCUCCGCAGAACUCCUCUGCUCAGCUGCAUUUACACAACAGAUUUGAAAUUCUUACAUCAUUAACAUACAAUCAGGAAACACAUCUUGUGGAGGACCACAGUUUCUUAGAUACCACUCAGUGGACCACCCUGGAUCAAUGCGCAGGGGAUAGCCCUGACGGGGACAGUGCAUCACCACAGUCACACUUAUGUAAUCAUGCAAAUGCUCCAUCCCCAAUCAUAGACCAGGAGCAACAGGAACAUCCUUGGGAGAGUAAUGGGCUCUCGGAUGUAUCUCAAUGGAUUGUCAUUGAUGAAUGCACUGGGGAUGUUGAGGAGGAGGACAACACUUUACACCUACAUGAUUCACUUCAACAGGAACACUCUUCAGGGGACAUACACACUGUCUUGCACAAAAGGGACCCUGUCAAUCCUCAAAGGAAACAGGUCUUGGUAGUAGGUGACUCCCUCCUUAGAGGAACGGAAGCCAUCAUUUCCAGACCGGAUGGGAUGGCUCGAGAAACAUGCUGCCUCCCGGGGGCAAAAAUACACCAUAUCACUCAGAGGCUCAGCAGGCUCCUAAAGCCCCAUCACCCUCCCCACCUUAUGUUGAUACAUGUAGGUACCAAUGACACCGCUAGGCAUACUUUUCAAAAGAUCACAAAUGAUUUUCGAGCUCUGGGAACAAAGCUAAAACUGUAUAAUGUACAUGUGAUCUUUUCAUCCCUCCUCCCUGUUGUAGGACACGGCUCUACAAGGGCCGGAAAAAUAGUACAGGUCAAUAACUGGCUCAGAAAAUGGUGUCAAGAGGAGCAUUUUGGCUUCCUUGACCAUGGUCUACUCUUCCAAGAGGAUGGACUACUGGCAAGCGAUGGGGUGCAUCUCACACAAGUAGGAAAACAUCUUUUUGCACACAGACUCACAAACCUCAUCAGGCGCACUUUAAACUAGAUCCACUGGGGGAGGGGAACAACAGCCUGGCGAACAAUAUAUUACCCACGACCACAGGGAACCGCCGAAAGGCUAAACGGAGGGCUGCACAAACACAGCAAGGACCAAGUACAGAGAGCACAAUAAUCCCAAAUAAACAGUUCGAGAGGAGGUCACAGGGGCUUACAUGUCUUUACACUAAUGCUCAGAGCAUGGGAAAUAAGCAAGACGAAAUCCAACUCCUAGCACAGCACCACACAUACGAUGUCAUAGGCAUCACUGAAACCUGGUGGGAUGACUCCCAUCACUGGAAUUUAACCAUUGAGGGCUAUAACCUCUUUCACAGAAAUAGAACAAAGGGGAGAGGAGGGGGAGUAGCUUUAUAUGUCAAAAACAGUUACGUUGCAGAAGAAAUGCAAGACUGUAAUCCGGGAAACCAGCUUGAAAGCAUCUGGAUAAGAAUCAAAGGACUCAAAAAGAUCUUGUCGUGGGUGUCUACUACAGACCUCCGAGUCAGGAUGAAGGACUUGAUGAAGCCUUCUGUCAACAGCUGGCCAAACAGGCACAAAGAAGAGAUAUAGUAAUCAUGGGCGAUUUCAAUUAUCCCGAUAUCUGCUGGAAAACAAACUCAGCCAAGAGUACAAAGUCCAACAAAUUCCUCACUUGCCUUGCAGAUAAUUUUAUGGUCCAGAAGGUAGAAGAGGCAACAAGGGGAUCAGCAACUCUUGAUCUAAUCUUAACAAAUGUGGAAGACCUGAUCAAUACAGUUGAAGUGGUUGGAUCCUUAGGGGCAAGUGAGGAAUUUGUUGGACUUUGUACUCUUGGCUGAGUUUGUUUUCCAGCAGAUAUCGGGAUAAUUGAAAUCGCCCAUGACUACUAUAUCUCUUCUUUGUGCCUGUUUGGUCAGCUGUUGACAGAAGGCUUCAUCAAGUCCUUCAUCCUGACUCGGAGGUCUGUAGUAGACACCCACAACAAGAUCUUUUUGAGUCCCGGUUCCCUUGAUUCUUAUCCAGAUGCUUUCAAGCUGGUUUCCCGGAUUACAGUCUUGCAUUUCUUCUGCAACGUAACUGUUUUUGACAUAUAAAGCUACUCCCCCUCCUCUCCCCUUUGUUCUAUUUCUGUGAAAGAGGUUAUAGCCCUCAAUGGUUAAAUUCCAGUGAUGGGAGUCAUCCCACCAGGUUUCAGUGAUGCCUAUGACAUCGUAUGUGUGGUGCUGUGCUAGAAGUUGGAGUUCGUCUUGCUUAUUUCCCAUGCUCUGAGCAUUAGUGUAAAGACAUGUAAGCCCCUGUGACCUCCCCUCGAACUGUUUAUUUGGGAUUAUUGUGCUCUCUGUACUUGGUUCUUGCUGUGUUUGUGCAUCCCUCCGUUUAGCCUUUUGGCGGUUCCCUGUGGUCGUGGGUAAUAUAGUGUUCGCCAGGCUGUAGUUCCCCUCCCCCAGUGGAUCUAGUUUAAAGUGCGCCUGAUGAGGUUUGUGAGUCUGUGUGCAAAAAGAUGUUUUCCUACUUGUGUGAGAUGCACCCCAUCGCUUGCCAGCAGUCCAUCCUCUUGGAAGAGUAGACCAUGGUCAAGGAAGCCAAAAUGCUCCUCUUGACACCAUUUUCUGAGCCAGUUAUUGACCUGUACUAUUUUUCCGGCCCUUGUAGAGCCGUGUCCUACAACGGGGAGGAGGGAUGAAAAGAUCACAUGUACAUUAUACAGUUUUAGCUUUGUUCCCAGAGCUCGAAAAUCAUUUGUGAUCUUUUGAAAAGUAUGCCUAGCGGUGUCAUUGGUACCUACAUGAAUCAACAUAAGGUGGGGAGGGUGAUGGGGCUUUAGGAGCCUGCUGAGCCUCUGAGUGAUAUGGUGUAUUUUUGCCCCCGGGAGGCAGCAUGUUUCUCGAGCCAUCCCAUCCGGUCUGGAAAUGAUGGCUUCCGUUCCUCUAAGGAGGGAGUCACCUACUACCAAGACCUGUUUCCUUUGAGGAUUGACAGGGUCCCUUUUGUGCAAGACAGUGUGUAUGUCCCCUGAAGAGUGUUCCUGUUGAAGUGAAUCAUGUAGGUGUAAAGUGUUGUCCUCCUCCUCAACAUCCCCAGUGCAUUCAUCAAUGACAAUCCAUUGAGAUACAUCCGAGAGCCCAUUACUCUCCCAAGGAUGUUCCUGUUGCUCCUGGUCUAUGAUUGGGGAUGGAGCAUUUGCAUGAUUACAUAAGUGUGACUGUGGUGAUGCACUGUCCCCGUCAGGGCUAUCCCCUGCGCAUUGAUCCAGGGUGGUCCACUGAGUGGUAUCUAAGAAACUGUGGUCCUCCACAAGAUGUGUUUCCUGAUUGUAUGUUAAUGAUGUAAGAAUUUCAAAUCUGUUGUGUAAAUGCAGCUGAGCAGAGGAGUUCUGCGGAGGCUGCCUGGUCCUGCGUCUCCUUCUAUGGGUGACCUCCUUCCAAGCCUGAGGGUUGUCUACCUUUGAGUUGAUCUCCCCAUAAGGUUCCUGAUCAUGGUCUUGGUGGUGUUGGUGUGAUGCAGGCUGCAGAUCUACAGCAGCGUGUUGUGCAGUGUCCAAGAAGAGCUCGAGUGCCUGAAUGUCCUUAAGGGUCUUAAUACGGUGCUCGAGCUGUUGGAUCCUCUGCUCCAUCAGAGUCAUCUGUUUGCAUUUGGAGCAGAUGUAGUUGUCUAGUUUUUGUGUGAAAAAGCGGAACAUGCCACAGCUGGUGCAUGUGAUGGGAAUGUUUUGCUUUUGUUGCAUCUCUUGGUGAGCGUGGUGGCCAAGUGGGAUCUUUGUACAGUUAAGUAAUAUGCACGCACUUUAUGUGCAGACUGCAACAAACCGCCUCUUUGUGUAUUUGUUUAUGUUGCUUUGUUUCCUGUAUGUACUGCAAAGGAUAGUUAGUAAAGGUGCCUGACGGCGCGUGCGACACUGGCAAAUAAAGCUUUCCCAGAAACUCAAUUAACAGGGGACAAUGCCUGCUGUCAAUCAACUUAAGUACCUGGCUCUCAUUCAACACAACAGUCACACAACAGUUAGACUUUGACCACAGGAGCCAAGCCCACACUCAGUUUAAAAUCUUAGCCAAAUCUUAGCCAAAUCCUACCUGAAGCCAGGGAGCAAAAAUGUCCUCCUGCUGCCUCUGCUUCUGCGAGAACCAACCAGUAUGACUAUUGAAGGGCAGAAAUAUUUAGUACAUAUAUUCCUAACAUUAAAAUUGAUAUGGAUUCUAGUAAUUUCCAGAGUCAUUUCACUCACAACAUGUGUCAUGUCUAUCUUUCAUUUCUUCCAUGAUGUCUUGGUAAUUGAAUGUUGGGCCUUCAGCCUCAUCACAUUAACAUUAUUUUGCCCCCCUUUUCCUCUUCUGGAUAGGGCCUGCCAAGCACCAUGAGAUGACACUAGCUUGGCCCCACUCCCAUUCCUUCUGAAGUGGAGAAGCAUUGCAAGAUGCUUCCCCUGCCACAAUGGGGAGGGAAGUGUCUUUUGGUUAGCUCCAAAGGAGCUAGCCACAUAUUUUUGCCUUUUCACUGAUCUGAUGGGGACAGGGACAGGGCGUGAACAUGGCUUGUCCUGUUUCCACCAUGUGAUGGGGGAAGGAAGGAGGGGGUGUGGGGCACCACAAGGAACCCCACAUGCCUGCUGUUUCACCAUCAUCUGCUGACAAAAAGGCACAGCCCUAUGGGCUGUGUGAAGAGGUCCUUUGUGUUCCCUUGAGUAGACUCUAGUUUUAAUUUUUUUCCAUUUCUCAUAUUGUUUCAUCUAAAAAAAACAGAACAAGUUUAUCUCUAUACAGGGGAUUUACCCUCCUGCACAGGUAUUUUCAUUAUAAAUCUGACAAAAUUGGCAUUAGUCCAUGGAGGUUCCUGCCAUAAUAUUUUUAAUAUCAAAUAAAACUGUUUCUUUUACUCUAAAAGAAAAAGUGUAACAAUCUGUGAUUGUACUAUUAUUUGAGCGAGGAGUACUGAAUUGUUUCCAAACCUGAGUAUAGUUUGUGACUACUAUUGUUUCAAUUUAUUAUAAUUAAUAGGUUAUACUGAUAGGUUUAUAAUUAACCUAUCAGUAAUUAUAUUCUAUUCCUUGUGGUGGAAGAAGGGGAAAAAAACUUCACAACUACUCUUAUUGUUGUUCCUUUGGGUCUUCAAACUAUUUCAGUGAGAACCUAUAAUGAUUUUCUUGGCAAGAUUUUUUUUACAUACAGUGGGUCCUUGAUAUCUGCUGUGGUUUGGUUCCAGGACUCCCCGUGGAUUUCAAAAUCCAUGGAUACUCAAGUCCUACUAUAUUCAGUGGCGUAGCAAAAUGCUGUCUCUUAUAUAAAGACAAAAUCAAGGUUUGCUUUUUGGACUUAACUUUUUUCAAGCAGGACUCCAUGGUGCAAAUGAAGAGGGUAUGUCAUAAACCACUGCCACAUCAACACGAGACACUUCCCAUGUUGUAUAAGGAACAAUGGGGGGAAGCUGGGUGGCUGAUGCUUCCCCUGUGGGAUGGGGUAAGGGAGAAGCAAUGUGAUGGAGGGCAUGGGGUGAUGAGUUCUCCAUGCCUCCUGCCGGGCCCAGCCACAUUUGCCAUGAUCUGUAGCAAAUCCACUACUUAAUGGAAUGAGGUCCUAUAUAGUUCUGUAGGGAGGAAAGAGAAAGGGGGAAAGAAAUGUGGCAGUAUCCUUAAGGCUCAUUUUAAUUUUUGCACAACCAUUCCUGGAUAUAAAAACACUUCUUUGAAUGCAGUUCCAAGUGCUACAAAUCAACAAGUGUUCCAAAUAAAAACCAGUUAGUUGUAAAGGUGCUAUCACAUUUCUUUUUUUAUCCCCCUUCCUUCCUCCCUUUUUAUAUUGCAUUUAUAAGAAUUAAACAUCUUGGACUAGAGAGAAGGGAAGGCAAUUGAAGAGUAUGUGUGCAAAGGGAGCAGACAACAUGAACAAAGGCAGCUCAACAGGCGAUUUGCAAAUCUGUAGUAAAAUUAUAGCUUUGGUGCUUCUGGAGUGAGGAAACUAAGUAAAUGGCAAAAUCCUUUCACAAGCAUCUGUUUACAUUAGUGGAUAAACAAAUUUGGUUUAAGGCAGGCAGGAAGAAAGGAGAAUCUGAAAUGUCAGCAUAUUUCAAACAUAACACUUUUAAAUCAGUACAUUUCCCAUGUUGGAUUUCUCCUAGCACUCGCUUGUAUUUUCAUUACUGAUCUUCCUUGCAAGGGUGUCAAAGACAGAGUUAUAGGUGCAGACAAAAAGUAUGGCAAAACCACCUCAUUUCUACAGUUCUAAAAUGCUCUUCUCCAAUUGCACGCAAUUAUAUGUCAGUGCAAUUUUCUGCACAAAAACAGAAAAAUGAAGAGUGGCGACUAAAACUUCUUUUCCUCAUUUCUGCAACUUUUCCCACAUCAAAUUGAUAGGUAGGGAAGAUGACAGUACCUCCUGGAGUGGGGCAGUUCUGGGAGCCCAGCCUUUCACCUUGACCAAGCAUGAAGGUUUGUUUCUUCCAGCUACUGGACCUAAUUCAUAAAAGAGAGUGGGAAAUGCUUAAAUUGCUACCUUGACCAUACAAAUAGAUGACAUUUACAUAGGCAAGAGUGGCUAACAAAUGGAUUCACAUCCACCGUGUUCUAAACAUUCACCACAGAUAUGAAGAUGGCCCUCUGUAUCAUUGAUUCUGAAUCCAAGGAUUCAUCCAUUCAUUGCUUGAAAAACCUUGCUUUUGCCCUUUGAUGUAAGAGAUGCCAUUGAGCAUCCAUAGGACGUCUUGGAAUCAAAUUCAAGUACACAGUAAGGGACCCUGAAUACAUAUACAUCUGUUUAUUGAAAAUAACCAUGGGAAUUUUCUCCCAGUUGCUAGAGUGCCCUCAUGAGUUCACCUUCCACAUUGAGCUAAAGAGAUAGGCCUUAUAAUGAAUCUUCAUUAUUGGCUACCCUUCAUAUCACAUGAACUGUACCAUUGCAUAUAAAUGCAUAGGCCAACAUCUUGUUAUAGCCAUACAUAUACAUACAUUAGCUAUAUGUGUGUGUGUGUGUGUGUUUAUAUUUGAUCACUGUGGAAUUUGGUGAUUAUUUUGAAUCAUGGUUCCACCCCUCUCUUUUUGAACUGUGGGACUGAAGGUCUUUUGUCAUUUGUCAAAAACUGAUUGUUUGCAUCCCUUUCAUCACCUCCUGCUUGAACAUCCAGCUUGUGACCAUGGCCAAAGUCUACAUGGGCUUGUAACAACUAUUCCCCUCAAUAGUCACUUCCAGAGCCACUAUGCCCUACUGAAGCCCAAGAGAUUUGCUCAGCUGCCCCAAUUUGCAGUGGAAUUCAGUGACUACAGAAAUAUCUUGGCAAAAGAAAAAACAGGUAUUAAUAUGCACAUUGAUGGUUGUAUUUUAUCUUUUAAAUGUUUUUUUUGGUUGCCCUGUUUUAGAAAAAGCCCAAUGUAUGUCAGCUUUUAUAUUAUUGAUUGGCCUUCUUUGGGGGCUACACACUCAAUCUAACCACAGCAGAAAUUUUCAGAGUUGCUAAAAAUCUCCAGUUAUAUGGGGAGAAAUUUUUAGCAACUCCAAAAAUGUCUGCUGUGGCUAAAUGGAAUGUAUAGCCCCUGAAGGAGGUCAAUCAAGAUUCUAAAGGCCAAAACACAUUGGACUUUCUUUAACAAAAAUCUGUUUAAAGAAUAAAAGAAUAAAAGACAACCAUCAAUAAGCAUGUAAAGACUGAUUCUUCAUUUGCCCAUGGAUCCUUAUAGGUGCUUUCCCCUUAUUGGUCUGUGAUUGAGGUAAUCGCUUUACAUUUGGUUAUCAGAACAUUCCCAGAUCCUGCUCCGACUCCUUCUAUUCACCACAGAUUAGCCAAUGGGGAGAAAACUUCAGGUCAUCAGUAGAUCAGAUAGUAGAUAGGGGUAGUGGUAGUGCUAUGCAGAGCUAUUCACAAUACUGAGCCACAUUGAGAUGGCUUUAAAAUUCAAGAGUGCCAUGAAGUAAAUGAAAUAAAUCAAUAGUGGUCAGGGUGGGAAUACUCCAUUGGAUUUAUUUUCUGUAUGCUCUCAUGAGAUUAGAUAUGCAUAGAUUUUCAGGCUGCUACCCUAAACUUGCUCACUCGCUAGGGAGUAAAUCCCUUUUUACUAAACAUAUAUCCGAUUGUGCCACUGAGAUAAUUGAAUGGUCUUGUUGUGAAUUGCGACAAUAUAAAUAAUCCAGCUUCGAGUAUAAGAAAGAGUAGAGUAGAAUAUUCUGAAUGAUAUCCAGCAGCCGUCAAGAAACGUUAUGUAAGGUGGCUUAUAGCCCCCUGAACAAAAUUCGUAAUUAUGGAACAUUGGUUAAAAAAGGAAUGAUAAGAAGUAAAUGGAAAAUUUGUUUAGAAAAUGAAAACACAGCAGUAAAAAAUGCUCAGAAGCUAUUUAGUGCCGCACAUUACUUCUUCAUCACUUGAUUAUUUUAGUUUCAUUUCUAUUUACAUACCCAGUUGAUUCUUUUGCAUCUGGAUUGUGCACAAUUCUUUCAAUAAUGUACGGUUCAGUGGCUAUAAUUACAGGAUUGUUAAAGUUCACAUUUUACUAUUCAUCUUGUUAUCUCCAGUAAUGGAAGGUUGGAAUAAAUGCACAUAAUUACACGGUUGGUCCUAAAUUAUUUUUUAUAUUGUUCUCACCAGGACACACUUGAAAAGCAAAAUUUAUUCUCGGCAAGGUUUCCCCCUCCCCACUUCCCCAGCAGCAUUCUUGUUGCAAAACAAAACAACAGUCUACUUUUUCUAUUUCAAAGAGAUCAGGUAAAUAAAGCAUUUGUAGUGUAUGCUGCACGUCUUUUCUAUUUUAAUUGCUCAGCUUCUCCAAUAAAGUCAUAUUCUCAUGGGGAGUUUUCUAGUGUAUUUCACUGAAAUGAAUGAAGGUUUUGUUCCUUUAGAACUGCAUCCAAGAAUGCAGAUUGCAUGGUUUAUCCAACAGAACUGAGCAAAAACCACUCCUUCUGUGCAUAUCUCCUCCUUUUCAUCUGUAUAGUCUGUUCACAAAUUUUCUCUUAAAGCCAUGCUGGAAAUUCUAACAACCAGACCAGGGAGGGAAAGUGUGUCCCAUGGGCCUUGGGAUCCUGUUUGUAGGCUUUAAACAAAGCCCUCAGACCUCAUUUUAAAAAAUCACAGCAAUUUUUACUCUAGGCUCUAGGUAUGGUUUUGUGGAUCACAUAUUAAAUGAUUCUUGGGACUGUCAGUCAAAGAAUAUUGAGUGGCUGGAACAUAAGACUGGAAAAUUGAAAAAUAAAAACCUUGCCUGAUAGAAGAUAGGAGUGAGAAGACCUCAAGCUUGUGGGUUCUACCCUUUCUCUUUUUGGUAGAACCAUAACAUCCACUAACCAAGUCCAAUCAUAAAAUGGUGACUGAAGUAUACACGGCUAACUAAGGAAUGAGGUAAUUCCAAACUAUGCUUAGCCUAGACAUUUGUCGAAUGUAUAUUGUGGGACGAGAUGAAUGCACCACAGCAAGCAGAAUAUGUGACACAAGAUUACGAGUGUGGGGUUGGACUACAUAAACAUAGAACAUGCAUGGAUAAUGACUAAAACAUUAUUUCUGGAUGUGUAUGGGUUGCAAUGGGAUGAUGUAUUUCUUACACACUGCUGAAGAUGCAAUUCGUGUACCUCAGCUCUGCCUUCUUUUUAUUCUUAUCUUUUUCUCACCCCAAGUUUUAACUGAGUGUUCAUGCGGCCCGCCCUGUUAUAUUGCUUUUUUUGAUUUUGUGUUGUACUGUAUAUGAUUAUUUAUUGUAUUGUUUAACUGUAUUAUGAUAUGUUGUUUUUAUAUUUUGCUAUAUUGUAUUGUCCUGGGCAUGGCCCCAUGUAAGCCGCCCCGAGUCCCCGUUGGGGAGAUGGUGGCGGGGUAUAAAUAAAGUUUUAUUAUUAUUA